AUGACUCUGAUGUCAUUUCUUCGCGAUGAGCGCGUCAUCCUCGUUGGCAUCGGUGCCGCUACGUUCGGCAUGAUCACUAUGAUGACCCAGAUGCUAACGUAUAUUCGCGACGACAACGAAGUCAAGAUCACGCCGCCGAAGACGCAAUACAUUACCCAAGAGACCGAGGAUGCGCUCGGUCUCGAGACUCUCGACAAGCUGCUAUGUCAUCCAAACUUCUCCAUCCGUGACGUUGCUAUCAAGAUACUCUGCGAUCGCGCUGUCAAUGAUUCUGACACUGUCCGAUAUUUGCUCUACGGUAUCACGCGGCCAGACUACGACACUCGCAUGACGAACCUCCGUGCUCUGGCAACAUUGACGGGACAAACUAAUGACUUCGCAGAGGGUCUCUCGAAGUUGCACACAUGGAGAGCAUACACCGCCCUCGUCAGGUCCCUCGAGUUGAGCCUAGCCGACGUGGAACAAACGAAAUUGAACGAUAAAUACUGGGACGAAUACUAUCUCCGCGAUAUGGCUGAACGGUUCUGCCUCAUGUUCGUCCUCGAGCUUAUCACUAAGUACGGCGCAGAUAUGUUGGUGAAGGCCAAGUUCGUGGAAAAGUGGCUAGCUAAGCAAUACUGGGGAGACGAUGACGCCGAGCGGCAGGAGAACUUCACCUACUACAUGGAACACAAGAACAACCGCAUCGUUGAUAUUGUCACAAGGAUCGCGCACACCACGCAGGGAGCAAAGGCAAUCCUUGCGUGUAAUCUCAUUUCCAACAAAGCCAGUCCCAGUGUAAACCCAGAUCCAAGUCUUUCUGGCUUCAGCGUUGUGUUGCAUUCCACAUUGUGCAACGUGGAUGGCGAAGAUGAGGGACUGCAGGCGGUGGAGCAAAUGCCUCGUACGCGGGAGCACUCGGCCGAGGAACAACGUCUUAGGCGCCAACACCGCGAGGCGAUGGUGUUUAAUGACGGCACGCGACCCAUUGGAAGGGAGGAUAUCAUCGAGAGGAGCCACGACUCGCCAAGCUGA